AUGACUUCUCAGGACACAGAUGCCUAUCUUUCUGACAACAACGCGCAAUCAACAGCAGCCUCCCCUCCUUCCAUCGACGACACCGUCGAAGCAAUUGCCAAUGUCACUUUGCAGGACGAGGUAGUGGAAGAAGUCGACAAGAAAAGCACGGACUCCCCACCUCGCCCCCUCUACGUGUACCCUCGUAAUGAGCUCCUCAACCUUCACAAUUCUCCCUUGGUGGGUCCACCGAUAGGUAUGCCGGUGUUCAAGGAUUGGUUUGGCGAUUGGAACGAGCAAGUUGGAGGUAAGAAAGAAUCCGAUUCAUCGGCUACUACUACUGCUAGAGACCGUCGCUUCCGCAGAGAUGCAGAUGAUGGUGACUCGGCGCGUACAUCGUUCCGUUCUGGCCUCUCGCAGCCCUCGCAAAUGGGCAACUUCCGACAUCAACCCAUCCGAACGACCGAUAAAAUAGGCGACAAGGAUCUCGACAGGGAGCGUGAACGUGACCUCCGUGACCGGGAAGGUCAAGAGCGGCUUCGCAAUCUUUCGGACAAGUACGAUCGUGACCGGCUGGCCUUGACAUCUGCAUCAAAUAUUCGCAACAAGGAAAGAGAUGCUGCUCCCCAUCUCUCUGGUACGUCUACAGGCAGGAUUGGUCAAACGCAGACCACAGGUCGACGUGGCGAAGGCAGGGAGACAACUAAGCGGAAGGCAGGGGAAAGCAGUGACGAUUGGCGAAGAGGUGCGGAACCUAGUCGCGCGUUGAAAGAUGAUCGUGAGUGGACUGACUCCCGUCGAGACCGCGAUACCCGUGACAGACCCCGCUCGCGAGUCCGAGACUCCUCCAGAGCCCGACGUGAUCCCUCGACGAACCGACGCGACCGCGACCGAGAAGAUCGUGACCGUCCUCGGGAUCGUCGUGGCGACGGGGACCGAGACGACCGACGAGACAAGGAUGAUGGCGGCAGGCGUGACCGAGAUGAGUUCAGCCGUCGUGACUGGGACGACGGACACGAUCGCGACCGCGAAAGGGACGACCACGUUGCUCGGGACGGCCGCGACCGGUACGAUUACAGCCGGCGCCCACGAGACCGCGACGACAUCGACGAGGAUCCACGGCAUUGGCGAGACGAUGGGCGGAGGGACGAACGCAUCGCAUCGCGGCGUGAACGCGAACCUCGCGAACGGGACCGAGACCGGGACUGGAACCGGUUCGAGGACCGUGACAGAGAGCGGCCAUCUGGGGGCGACGACCGCGACGCACGCAACCGCCGUGGUGGGCGCGAUAGGAGGCCAGGCGGAAAUGACAACGCGAAAGAACGAGAGGAUCGGCGGGACCGUGACAAGGAUCGUGAGGCAGAGCCUGCGUGGAUGGAGACCUAUGUCCCGACGACGCCUGGCGGUGGUAUCCUUGGUGGCAAGGGUGCCGACGGCGAGCUCGACGGCAUACAAGCAUGGAAGAAGGGUAUGAAGGAUAAGGAGCGAAAAGAGAAGGGCGAAACUCUCGCUGAAAGCACUACGGGGGCCGACACCAAUGGUGUAUCCGACAAACCAGCCCCCUCCGAGACACCCAUGGACGAAAUCCAACUUUUCAAGCUGAUGAUGAAGCGUGAGGCGGAGAAGAAAGAGGGCGACAAGACUCAAAAUGGCCUGUCUCACCAUUCCUUGUGUGACUGGUGUCAAUCGUCGUGUUCUAAUCACUCUACAGAGCCAACAACCCAGCGGGCUGCCGACCACUCUAAAGUCUCUCCAGUUCCGGAUGGGGAGAAAAUGACACCGCUUGACAUAGCUGCUGCUCAGUCGGGACCAUCGACCAUUAUAGCUUCCUUUUCGUCAGGUGCUCCUGAUUCAUCACGCCCUUCACAAACCUCGAGUCCUGCCAUAGACCGUCCCAUUGAGGUUUCCCGAGUAGUCGGGCCACGGUUGAGCCAAAUCUCGGCCGGCAUUUCACCGUCGUCGUCGCUCGGCUCCGCCAACCUUGUUGAUCACUCGCUUACAAGCCCUUCUGCGAACACCUUCAACCCCCCUCCCGGUUCUCGUAUGCUUGCUCUUAAAGCGCGCGUCCCAUCGUCAGCAAGUGCGAACGGUGUCCCUGGCGCAGGCCAUGUUCCACCUCCUGGAAUGUCCGCAUCCAACCCACAGGGCCUUCCACCAGGCGUGUCUAACCUCCCGCCUCACCUUCCCGAAGCUGCUCACGAGAUGCAGUACGGCGGCCAACGUAUGGACCAAGCAUCCCGCGGCAUUCGCAGCUUCUCUCCGCUACACAACGGUACUGGCCCCCACGGACCACUGGAAGACAUGCGAGAGAACAUACACCUUGGGCAAAUCGAAGGUCUUCGACGGACGUCUGGUUCCGCUGCUGAGCGUGCGAUACUUGGACUCCCUGGUGAUCCUGGCCCUUCCUACGCCGAUCUGGGUGGACCUCAACAAGGCGGGUUCCCCCCAGGGGUUAUGCUGGACCCAGCCGCGCUUGCUGGAAACGCCAACUUUGCCAAGGGCAGUCGGUUCGCCAAGUUCUUCGACUCCAAGACCCGGGAUGUGCCAGCUGGUGGCCCACGCAUGGGUCAGCAGACUCCUAACAUGGCAAGUCCGAUAUCACAUCUCAAUCAGCGGCAAGAAUCCAUAUCGCUAGGCGGUAUGGGUGGACUUCGGGGGGAGCGGACGAUGGAGGACAUCUUCGCCAUGCUCCAGAGUUCGGCUCAGGCAAGUAGCCAUCGCGGAUCUCCUCAAAUCCCGCAGUCAGGACGCAUGCACCCUGGCGGUGGUCAGUUCCCUCAGUCUCAGCUCGAGUUGCAGAUCCUCCACCAGCAGCAGCAACAGCAGCAACAGCAACAGCAGCUUCAGCAUCUCAACCACACCCGCCUGGAGUCGCUCUACGACACCCGCCUCGACGACCGCAACUUCGUGCCCGACGGCCUCGUACCUGGCCUCCGCCCCGUGCCCCCGCGUUCGCGUAGCCGCGAGCCAGGCGGCGUCCUGUUCAACGAGCAGAUCGACGAUCCCCUCCACUUCAACGUUCAGCGCCUCACCCAGCAGCGCAACAUGGAGCAGCAGAUGUACAACCAGCAGAUGCCGUCGAUGUACAACCAGCAACAGGCGAACAUCGUCCGCAACGGCGGCGGCGGCGGCCUCCAGAUGCAGCAGUCGAACCAGUUCCGCGGUGCCUCCCCCGGCGGCCUCUCGGCGCAGAACGCGCUCCAGGGCGGCGGCCCGCCCACGCAGCGCCUCCCGCCUGGACUCGCGAACCUUGGCGGGCGCCCGCCGCACGACCCGUCACAGUACCUCGGCGCGGGCGCGGGCGGCGGCAUGGGGAUGGGUGUUGGGGGAAUCGGCGGCGGGAUGCACGGCGCGACGCCCGCGCAGCAGGUCUACAACACCUUCCACCAAGGUGGGCUCGGGUUCACCGGCGUCGGGAACCAGCCGUUGCGUGGUCCGCCAGGGGGCGGUCCUGGCCCGCAGAUAGGGAUGGGCGGACUCGGCCCGAACGUCAACGUGAACCUGAACAACAUCAACGAGCUCCGCGCGCUCGGGGUCGGGGGCGGCGGCAGCGGCGGGAUGCGCGACGGACCCGGGUUCGGGCCGCAGCACGGGCAUGGCGGCCAGCUCGCGGCGCUCCGCCAGCAGCAGGUGCAGCAACAGGCGCAACAGCAGCAGCAGCAGCACAUCCCGGCACACAUGAUGCAGCAUAUGCUGCCCGGGCACCUCCAGCAGGGCAUGCCCGGCGGGAACGCGCAGACGACGCAGGACCUCAUGGCGCUACUCAUGGGCGGGCACCGCGAGUGA